AAAGUAUCAAACCUUCUGUAACAAAGGAGGGGGGAUAUUUUGAGCGUGGUGCUUUAUGAGGAACACAGACACCGACCCCCACCUGGGGCGGGAAUUACGCCGACGCCCGUUCUCGGAUGACAGCGAACCGGCGUCCGCCUUCUCCUCCACGAAGCAGCAGUCACCGAGCAGCGGCGCCCAGCAAAAAGCCUUGAUUUGAUCCCACCUUUUGUCUCCUCUCGACCACCCGAUUAAGAAGACCCCUCCCCUUUUCCCCUCUCAUGAUCCUAUACUGAGAUCGAUUAGCUUUCUAUUGUAUAAUCUGGACGCUGAAUCAUUCAACCCUAGAAAAUGAGUGAGGGCACAAAAGAGUGAUCUUGAAUUCAAAAUGCCUUCCACCUCUCUGCAUGCCUGUGUUGACAACCCAGCCCACUCUUCCACUGUCUCACCGUUUCAACGCCCCAACUCCGCUUCUUUCUCUCUUCUUUUCGAUGUGUUACCUUAGUUUUCUCUGAUUAGCGUUUGCGUCUCACCGAGUCGGGAUCUUGACCCGACCCUCAGAUCGCUCUCUUUACGGGUCUCCUGAUGCUGGGGGUUGAUUUGCUGAAUGCCUUUUGAUCUGUUAGCUUUCUUCGCUGCGGAGUUCUUCGGAGAAUGGUUUUGGUCAUCCAUGAAUUCGUGGGAUGCGGGGUCCUGCUUUGCUUGUUUGAAGGCGUUUGAUCGUUUGGGAUCUCGGCGGUGAUGAUCUGGGAACCCAGUUGGACUCUUCAAGUCGAGAGAUGGACCGCCGGAGUUGGCUGUGGAGGCGGAAGCCGUCGGACAAGAGCCCUGGCGAGACCGAGAGCUCGGGAUCGGUCUCUUCGGAGAUGCACUCCGGAGAACAGCAGGAGGUACUGAGGACUUCAAUUAAUUCUUCUCCAAAUCAUGUUCAAUCACCAGAGGUUUCAUCAAAGGAUGUCAGCCAUGAGGACAAUGAAACUAUAAAGCUUUUGAAUGAGAAACUAUCAGCUGCUCUUCUGAAUGUUAGUGCUAAAGAAGAUUUGGUGAAGCAACACGGAAAAAUUGCAGAAGAAGCUGUUUUAGGCUGGGAAAAUGCAGAAAAGGAGAUUUCAUCUCUGAAACAGCAUCUUGAAGCUGCAUCAAGGGAGAACUCGUCCCUUGAAGAUAGAGUUGUUCAUCUUGAUGCUGCCCUCAAGGAAUGCGUCAGGCAGCUACGGCAGACAAGAGAAGAUCAAGAACAGAAGGUCCACGAUGCCAUCACCAAAAAAACCCAUGAAUGGGAGUCUGAAAAAUUGGAGCUCGAAAUCCAGCGUACUGAGCUUCAAGCCAAGAUGGAAGCUAAAGCUGAAACUACCACCUCUUUUGACUACAGGCUUCGCACAAAGAUUGAAAUUCUUGAGGAAGAAAAUUCUGCUCUUAAAGUUGAACUUGAUACGCUUACUGGGAAUCUUCAAAUGCAGACAAUAGAGUUGGAGCUCAGCACCAGAACAGCAGAAGCAGCUAGCAAACAACAUUUGGAUAGCAUAAGGAAAGUGGCCAGGCUUGAAGCUGAGUGCCAUAGGUUACGAACUGCAGCACGCAAAUUAUCAUUAGCUAAUGAGCACAAGGUCAUUUCUAACUCACUUUAUGUUGAAUCUGUCACUGAUAGCCAGUCAGAUGCAGGUGAACAGUUGUUAAGUCUGGAUAAUGAGCAAAGUUGUUCAGAUUCAUGGGCAUCAGCUCUAAUCACAGAGCUUGAUCAGUUCAAGAUGGAAAAGUCUAGCACGAAAUGUUUCGCCACUUCCGUAGAAAUUGACCUAAUGGAUGAUUUUCUUGAGAUGGAAAGGCUUGUUGCAUUGCCCGAGGCUGACCAUGGAAAUUCUAGCACUGAGCAUGAUGAUGAUUUGGCCCAUGCUUCCAACAGAGACAGCUGUUCAAGAAAACAACUUGAUACCGUCCAUCUGCGUAUGGCUGAGUUGCAAGAGAUGAUUGAGAAGAUGACAACUGUAAAAGUUGAAAUGGAAAUGUCUUUAGCUGUAACGAACAAUCAACUGAAGGAUACAUGCGAUCAGCUGGUAGCAGCUGAAGGUAAGUUGGUUGAGUUGCAAAGGCAGCUCAAUUUGGUUAAUGGGGAAAAACAUGAUCUUGAGAUAGAACUAGAAGCAACUGAGGGAAAGAAAAAUGACCUGGAAAUUCAACUUGAAUCAGCAAAUAUAGAAAAUGCUAAGUUACAUGAGAGAAUAAACAUAUUAGAUAGGAAAUUUGCAGCAGAGGAGGAGUUGUCUGCCAUAUUGAAAGUGAGGUGCCAAAAUAUAGAGGUAACAGAAUCUAACAGGAAGGAAAUAGAACUUCAGCUUGAGUUGGCAUAUGGUGAAGUUGCAGAGUUAAAAGGAAGGAUUAGUUUGCUAGAAGGAAAACUUGAAGAAGAGAAAGCUUUGUCCACGGAACUGGCAUCUAGGUGUUGGAAUAUGGAAGUGUUGAAGGGAAAGAAAGAGGAAUUGGAGUGUCAGCUUGAGUCAGCAAAUUUGGCAAUACAUGAACUACAGGAGAAGGUUAAUUCACUUGAGAUGAAACUUGAGGAGGGUGAGACAUUUUCAGUAGAACUUUUAGCCAGGUGUCAAAGUAUGGAGGCCAUAAAUGCAAAGAAAAAGGAACUGGAGUCUCAACUUACUGGAAAACUAUUAGAAGUAGGCAAGUUACACUGGAAGGUGAAUAUAUUGGAAGGAAAAGUUGAGGAGGAGAGAGCAUUGUCAUCAGAACUCGCGGCUAAUAUAGAGGCCGUAGAGGCAAAGAGAAAGGAAUUGGUGGUGCAACUUGAGUUGGCACAUGUGGAAGUCGGGAUCCUACAGGAGAAGUUGAUCAUAUUAGAAAAACAAGUUGAAGAGGAGAGGGCAUUAUCAGCAGAUUUUGCAAGAAAGUACCACCAGUUGGAGCAUGAACUGACAAGCAAGCAGCAAGCAGCUGAAUCGCAUAGAUCUACAAGCUCAAGUAGAGUGUUGAAGGCUAGACAGGAGAAAAAUAUUGCUCUGGCUGCUGGGAAUUUUGCCGAGUGCCAGAAGACAAUAGCCUCUCUUAACCAGCGGUUGAAAUCUUUGGCAAAUUUUGAUGAUCUCAUGCUUGAAACAGAGCCAGGGUCCAAUGCAGAUCUAUUGGGUAUUAGAGCGGAUUCUAGGAUAUUGGAUCCUAGUAAAGAGAACAGCUUCCCAUAGUCAUCUUCAUCCUCCUGGCUGGACAUCCCAUAAAUUCCAUAUAUCCAAGUAGAAAAAAAAUACUCAUAGAAACCAGUGAAAUUGUACAUUACUGAGGUGGGAGAAAAACAAUUUUUGUGGAGUAUGUGUCGACCAUGUAUGUAAUAGAAAUUGCUCGACGAACUUGACUUCUGUGUUGAGCAGCAAAAUAGAGGAAACUAUAUGAAGAUUAUAGUGUUACUGCUACUCUUUUGCAUGAUUCCAUCUAGCUGAAUCAAUGGUGUGAUUUGCAA